GUACAAGAAGAGAGGGCAGGCAGACCAGCUCUGCUCACAUGGACAACAAGCACAAACUCUAACCUGCUCAUUAUCUGCACAGGGAAAAUGCAUGUGGGGGAUUUGGUAUUUUUUGGAUCUGACUUGGCACAUGUGCUUGAAAUGUGUUUUUCCAUUUGUUUUUAUUGUUCUCAGAUGACAAACAGAAAGUGAUUUAAUGGACUUCUGUGUCCUGUUAACAUCAACAGGUUAAUCUUUCUUAUGUCUUAAAGGCUUCUCUGAGAUGUCGACUCAGUCUCAGACUAACGUAACAAUUGGACUGGGGUUCCUGGAAAGAGUGAUGCUUUCCACUCUGACUACACUACCAUGCUGUGUGUUUCUCUUCAUUAAUGGGACCAUGUUAUUCACCUUGAGGAGUAAACUUGUGUUUUGUGAGACCUCUCGUUACAUUCUUCUGUAUAACCUCCUUUUCUCAGACACUAUCCAGAUGUCACUGAGUCAGAUACUGUACCUGCUGUCUUCUUGUAGAAUAAUGUUAACAUAUCCUGUCUGUGGUCUUCUUGUCAUGCUUGCCAGCCUCACAAAUGAAGUCUCCCCUCUCACACUGGUGGUGAUGUCUCUGGAGAGAUAUGUAGCUGUGUGCUACCCACUGAGGCACGCUACCAUCAUCACCAUCAGAAACACAGCAGUGGCUAUCAUUGUGGUUUGGACCUUUUGUUCACUAAAUGUUCUAAUUCGAGUCCUUUUGCUGUUGGAUUUUCCAUUUUCAGACCUGGACAGUCUGCAGAUGAAAGAACUUUGUAGCUCACUUCUCAUGUUUCUUACCCCAAUGUCUGAUAUUUAUGACAAAGCAUAUACUUGUUUUCUGUUUACUUCAGCUGGUGUUGCAGUUAUUUCUUCCUAUAUUGGUGUGGUGAUAGCAGCCAGGUCAGCCUCCACAGACAAAGCUUCAGCCCGUAAGGCUCGUAACACACUGCUGCUGCAUCUGGUACAGCUGGGCCUCAGUCUCUCCUCAACCAUUAACAACCCAUUGCUUUUAGUUAUCUCAAAAACUGUUUCAAGGGUAGUAUUUGCGCGUAUGCAGAAUUUUUUGUAUGUGUGUUUUUUCAUUCUGCCCAGAUGUCUGAGUUCUCUCAUCUAUGGACUCAGAGACCAGACUAUCAGACCCAUACUUGUGUACUUUUUAUGCUGUCGACUGACACUCUCACCCCAGCCAAAGCUGAGGCCUAAGAUACAUGGAGUGAGUUAACCUCUCUAUAUGUUUUUUGAACUCACGCUGUCCACAGAAUGGACUUCAUAAGUCAGCAUAUCCAGCAUUCAUAACAGGAAACAAACUGAAUUUUCCAAAAGAUUUAUUUGUUGUAUUUGUAUUUAUUUCAUUUGUUUUUUAUGUUCAACUCUAAGUUGUCAGUAUUUCUUAAAAUCCACUUAUAGAAGCUGGUCGAAAUUAUCAUCUAAGCAAGAAAAGCUGUUAAUCACAAUUAUUUCACUGUGAAUUUUACCCUUAAAUGUGUGAUGUAAUUGCGGCACUUAUGUAUCUAUGGCAAUUUCCUCAGAGCCUUCAAUUUCAGGGAAUAUGGGAGCAGUAAAUGUUUGUGGCAUAAUAAUGAAAUAAAAUAAAACAAUAUUAUUUGAUAUGUAUUAAAAA